UAAGUGCCCACCUGGUCAAACUUAGCGAGUAGGGGAACUGGGGAAGACGCGUGCGUGCGCCAGUCUGGUUGCAAACUCGCAACGCAUUCGAGCCAGCUUGCCUUCGCCGCAGCGAACCAGCGACGUGCGCGCGCGCCGCUCCCUCCCUAGCUGUGCGGCUGUGUCUGCGCGCGCGGCGCGGCGGGAUGGAGAUGGGGGAGGCGGCGCCGGCGCUGGCGGUGGUGGACGCGCGGUUCUGCGCGGCGGACGCGGCGUCGCUGGCCGUGGCGAAGACUCUGAGCAUGUCCGGGAGCGACUUCGCCGUCACGGACGCGGCCACCGGCGCGCUCGUGCUGCGCGUGGACGGCGUGCUGUUCAGCCUCCGCAGGCGGAGCGUCCUCGUCGACGCCGACGGCCGCCCCGUCCUCACCGUCCAAGAAUCGGCGCUGCUGCUGAACACGCGGUGGAAGGUGUUCAGGGGCGACAGCACGAGCCGGCGGGACCUCCUGUUCACCGUGGUGAAGCCGUCGGCGAUCCAGCUGCGGUGGUCCACCAAGGUGAGUGUGUUCCUCGCCAGCAACGACGCCGAGCAGGCCUGCGACUUCAGGAUCACCGGCAGCUACCACGACGGCGCCUGCACCGUCUCCCUCGGCGACUCCGACACCGUCAUCGCCAAGAUCAACCGGCGGUUCAGCGUGGUGAGCGCGCUGCUGGGGAAGAACACGUACAGCGUCACCGUCAACCCGGGCAUCGACUACGCCUUCGUCGUCGCGCUCGUCGUCAUCCUCGACGAGAUGCAUUACCAGCGAUGACGCAUACUGCAGUUUUGAUCCGAAGCCUCUUCAGUUUUGCUGCCCCUGACAACUCGAAGCGUUUUAUAUUUGUAUUCAGGCCUUGUUGUCCUGAUCGGUGUGUGCAAACGGUUCGGACCAUGCUUGAGUUCACGUCUUUGUCAGAGCUAGUACAGAUUUCAAGUGAUGCCGUAAAAAGCACACAAGAGAUUGAUCCAUUUGCUUUUCUUUCUCGGUGUGAGUUGUGAUUGGUCCUUUUCUUUCCCUUUUUGAAGGCUGUGAUUCGGUUGUCACAACGGUAAGUACAAAGGUCAAGUUCAUGUUGAGAUGAGAUUAAUCACACCUGACACGACUUUAAUUUUGUUCUCUUUCUGCUAGAACCCUUCCAUAUUGGGCCCUUUUUUUGGCUUACGCUAAUAAACGGGUGAAUCAACUGUAUGCCGUCGAAUAAGUUCCAGUUUUACAA